ACAAACAAGUAGAGUAAUACCGAAUACACACUGCUGCUCCUGCGACCUUUCCUGCUACAGAAGCAACCAAAGCAAAUUGUGUUCGAAAUGAGUAAGAGACCACCACCUGACCCGGUUGCAGUAUUACGAGGCCAUCGUGCUUGUGUAAUGGAUGUUUGUUUCCAUCCUUGUCAAAACUUGUUAUUCUCUGGUUCUUCAGACGGUGAAUUGAGAAUUUGGGACAGUGUGCAACAUCGAACCAUCUCGUCCGCUUGGGUACAUAGUGCGGCACAUGGUAUUAUAAGCGUUUCAACAAGUCCAUCAAUUGGGAACAAUAGAGUUAUCAGCCAGGGAAAGGAUGGAACUGUUAAGUGUUGGGAUAUUGAAAAUGGCGAUUUAUCAAGGACACCAUUGCUCUCAAUUGAAGCAAAUUCCUAUCACUUCUGCAAGCUUUCGUUAGUGAAGAGGCUUUCAGCUGACACAAGUAAAGCCAGAAAUCGGACAGAAGUCAUGGAAGCUUCUGAGAAGAAAAUCUCUAAUGAUAUGCAAAAAGAUGAUGAAGGCAGUGCAAGAGACAAUUCUAGCAUAUUGAAAGAUGACUGUCUCGAAGGGCAUGCAUAUGUGGCCAUGUCGGGGAUGGAGUGCUCAGAGGUUGAAGUAUGGGAUCUCAAUGCUGCAGAACGAUUUGCACAGUUGCCAGAUUCUUCUGGAGCCUCCACAAAUGAUUUCAUUAAAGGAAAAGGUAUGUGCAUGGCAGUUCAAGCUUUUGUGCCUUCUGAAUCACAAGGAUUUCUACAUGUCCUAGCAGGUUAUGAGGAUGGAACAAUGGCUUGGUGGGAUUUAAGGAAUCCUGGGGUACCGUUGACUUCUGUAAGGUUCCAUUCAGAGCCAGUUUUAAGCCUGUCCUUGGAUGGGACGUCCAGCGGAGGCAUUUCAGGAGCUGCAGAUGACAAAAUCAUGAUGUUUACUUUGGAUCAUUCGUUGGGUUCUUGCAUGGUAAAAAAGGAAAUAAAUUUGGAGCGACCUGGCAUAGCCGGAGCUUCAAUUCGUUCAGAUGGUAAGAUAUUCGGGACAGCUGGCUGGGAUCAUAGGAUAAGGAUAUACAAUUACAAGAAAGGAAGUCCUUUGGCUGUAUUGAAGUAUCACCAUGCCACGUGCAAUGCCAUUUCGUUUGCUGAUGAUUGCAAACAAAUGGCUUCGGCAUCGGAAGACACUACCGUGGCACUCUGGGAGCUCUAUCCUCCUCAAUCCUCUACUUAGAUUGGUUUCGUCAUUGAUGGUACAUAGUCAGAGUGACUGCAACAUCUUCUGGUAAUUUAUUGUUCUUAAACUUGGAUAGGUCCAUUAAGGGUAUAUAGAUGAAGAGCGAUUUUGAUCUCAUGUGAUUUACUAGAGGUGGCAAAAUAGGUAGAUUAGGUAAUGGGUAAUCCGUUAAUGUGUCCAAAAGGUCCGGAUCUACCCAUGAUUACUUUUAAUUGCCCAUGUAGUUUUGUAAUGUUUUGGUGUGUCAAGUUUGAUUAUAGAAACUAUAUAAUUAAUGAAUUAAUCCUGGCUCACCUGGAAAGUGAUUGUUUA